AUGUCAUAUAUAAAUUACAUAUCCUAAUUCAAUUACAAAUAUUUAUCAAUCACNAUUAAUGAUUGUAAUGGAUAUAAUUAUCCUGAAAUUCAAAAUUCUGUUUGUGUAUCAAUGUAAUGUAAUUGUUUAGAUUCAUAUUUUGGAUUAUUUUGUCAAUUUUAAUCAUCUAAAAUAUAUAGCAAUGUUUAUAAUAAAUUAACAAUAGAAUCUAAUAAAUGGAUAUAUUUAUAUUAUGAAUUACCUACUACUAAUGUAGAAUUAUAAACUAUGAAUGAAUAAUAGGAUGUAUGUAAAAUAUUUAAUAAUAACGUAGUUUAUAGCUUAGUUUCUGAAUAAACACCUUAAAAAACAAUACCAAAUUUACAAAAUAGUUCUAGAUUGUUAUCUAUAGUAAAUAUAUAAGAAGAAAUUAUAAUAUCUAAUGCUGACGUAAUCUAUAUAGGAAUCUAUAAUAAUUAAUCUGAACAAAUUGAAUUUUAGUUUAAAAUAGUUACUUAUUAUUAAGAUGAUUAAUCAAUAUUUGAACGUAAUAGAAUAAUAAUUAUAAUAACUGUUUGUGCUAUUGCAACUCUUUUCUUAUUUGCAAUUGGAAUAUCUGUAUUAAGAACUAGAAAGCAUUAGUAAAUUCGUAAAUAAGUAUAAGAAACUAUUCGUAGAAAUCUAAAUUAGUAAGGAUUUUUUGAUUAAUAAUAAUAAUCUAAUAGAGUAUUUGAUCCAGCUAUUUAUAAAGGUAAAUUAAAUAUAAUAAUAUAAUAAGGUUUUUAAAUUAGAUUUAUAAAAGAUCAUUUUAAAGCUCAUUAUUAUGAUAAAUUUAUAUAAGUGUAUCCUGGAUUAUCUUAAUUUGAAGAAUGUGCUGUUUGUUUAGAAUAAAUGAAAAAUGCUAAUAAUAAAUUAUAAAAGAUUUGUUGUGUUACUCCUUGUUUUCAUAUAUUUCAUUCUAUAUGUUUAUAAGAAUGGUUACUUAGAUAAAAGAAUUGUCCAUUUUGUAGAACUGUAUAUAAUAGAAAAAAGAUUAUAUAAGAUUUCCCUUGGAUAGAUAUUGGAAAUAUAUAAAUUAAAAAUACAGAUUCUAAUUAUCUAUGUAGAAUCAAAAAUCAAAUAGAAAGUGUUAAUGACAGUCGUAUAGAAUUAAAUCAAAAUUAAUAAUCAGAAUAAACUAACCAAUUAUAAGAAAUUAAAGAUUGA